GACGAGACGAUCAGAUCACUCUCUGUAUUUUCUUACUUCAUACUUCACAUCCCACAGUUCCUCCACUGGCGACACUUAGAAGAGUAAAUCUUUUUAGUAAACGUACGUGUCUCUUUAGGAGCUUUGGGAUUGCUUCUUACGAAGAUAGUUGCAGUUAUCAUUAUUUGUUUCCUGAUUUUCUUACGUUCUCUCUGUGGUUCUGCUUGGUUUCGACUCUCUUAAUUUUUCCUUUUCUUUUUAUUUUGGUUCGGUUGUUAGGUUGUCUUCUUCCAUUCAGAAAGUCUGCUUCUUUUUGACUCCAUAACUCAUUGACAGCCUCUUUGUUUUCGCUCUAUUUUGGUUUGUGUUAUUUUGGUGUGGGUUUUCGGGGUUUGUCGUGAAUCUGCUCUGGUUUCUAUCCGUUUUGGGGUUUUCUGGGAAUUGGGUGAUUGGGUGGGUUGCCAUGGAGGAAAGGUAUGAGCCACUGAAGGAGCUUGGUUCAGGGAAUUUUGGGGUGGCAAGGUUGAUGAAAGAUAAGAAGACAAAGGAGCUUGUUGCUGUCAAAUACAUUGAAAGAGGAAAAAAGAUUGAUGAGAAUGUUCAGAGGGAAAUCAUCAACCACAGAUCAUUAAGACAUCCUAAUAUUAUCAGGUUCAAAGAGGUCUUGUUGACUCCAACACAUGUGGCCAUUGUAAUGGAAUAUGCAGCUGGUGGAGAACUAUUUGAGAGGAUAUGUAGUGCUGGCCGAUUUAGCGAAGAUGAGGCUAGGUUUUUCUUCCAGCAGCUAAUAUCCGGAGUUAGCUAUUGUCAUUCUAUGGAAAUCUGUCACAGGGAUCUGAAGCUGGAAAACACACUUCUGGAUGGAAGUCCAACACCACGCCUUAAAAUUUGUGACUUUGGUUACUCCAAGUCUGGUUUGUUGCACUCACAACCUAAAUCAACUGUUGGAACACCAGCAUACAUUGCUCCAGAAGUCUUGUCAAGGAAAGAAUAUGACGGAAAGAUUGCUGAUGUUUGGUCUUGCGGUGUGACACUAUACGUGAUGUUGGUGGGUGCAUACCCCUUCGAGGAUCCUGAAGAUCCUCGAAAUUUCGGAAAAACAAUUGGGAGAAUUAAGAGCGCCCAGUUCACUAUCCCCGACUAUGUUCGGGUAUCUGCAGAUUGCAGGCAACUCUUAUCUCGUAUCUUUGUUGCUGAUCCCGCUAAGAGGACUAGCUUACCAGAGAUUAAGCAGCACACUUGGUUUAAAAAGAAUUUGCCAAAAGAGCUAAUUGAAAUUGAGAAAACAAACUAUGCAGAAGCAGAGCAUGACCAACCAAGUCAAAGUGUUGAAGAAAUAAUGCGGAUCAUCCAAGAGGCCAAGGCGCUAGGAGCAGGAAGCAAAGCGUACGAGAAAGCUGCGUGGGGGACAUCAGAGGCUGAUGACUUGGAUGUUGAUUUGGAAUCCGAGGUUGAUGUGAGUGGGGAGUUUGAGGCGGUGUGAUAACAUACAUAUAUGUUGGCCAAGACAGGAUUUGGCUAAUUGAUUCUGUGAACUUGUGAGAUAUUUUGAUUUUAAAUUGAGUACUGCAUAUGGACUUCAUUUUGCAUUG